GUGGUGUGCCCGUACAAACUUCUUCGUCUCACUUCGCUGCUCUCUCUCUCUCUCUCUACAUUCUCUCUCCCUUUCUGCAUUUCUUCAGAGAAGUCUGCUGCCUGCAUAGCUUGUCUGGGCUGGUUGGGUACAGCCUGGUGCUUUCCACCACUGAAGAAAGAAAUGACGAGCAACGAAGAAGAGAAGAGAUGCCCGCUCUGUGCGGAGGAGAUGGAUUGGACAGACCAGCAGUUCAUGCCUUGUAAAUGUGGUUAUCAGAUUUGUGUUUGGUGUUGGCAUCACAUAAUAGAUAUGGCGGAGAAAGAUACAUCAGAGGGUCGCUGUCCAGCUUGUCGGACAAUUUAUGAAAAGGAGAAAAUUGUGGCGAUGCAAGCAAAGUGCGAAAAGACGAUGACCAAAAUAUCUAACAGGAAAUCGAAACCCCCAAAGGCAGCGAAGCCGAAGGCAAAUGAUGUAAAGAAGGAUUUGACAAAUGUUAGAGUGAUUCAACGGAAAAUGGCAUAUGUGAUUGGGCUACCUCUUAGUGUAGCUGAUGAAGAUGUGUUGCUGCGAAAGGAUUAUUUUGGUCAGUAUGGGAAAGUGACAAAAGUUUCACUUUCAAGGACUGCUGGUGGGGCCAUUCAGCAAUUUGUCAACGACACAUGCAGCGCAUACAUAACAUACUCAAAAGAGGAAGAGGCCCUGCGAUGUAUUCAAUCAGUUCAUGGUUUUUUCCUGGAAGGUAGAUAUCUGAGAGCAUCAUUCGGAACUGCAAAAUAUUGUCAUGCUUGGCUGAAAAACAUGCCUUGCAACAACCCUUCUUGUUUGUAUUUGCAUAGUAUUGGGGCUGAUGAAGAUAGUUUUGGAAAAGAUGAGGUUGCUGCGGUUCAUACAAGGAGUAGAGUCCAACAAAUUGCUGGUGCUACAAACACUGCAGCAAAACGCUCUGGCAACACGCUGCCCCCAGCUGAUGAUGCCUACAAUUGUAUCUUCUCUUCGACUGACAAAUCUACUAUGAUAUGUAGCAUAUCAGAUGCUGCCCAUGGUUCUGCAAAUAGCACAUGUGAUAUAACAUACCCUCUUCCUUGUCGAGAGAAGGAAGGGGCCAUUUUGACGCCCCACAAAAUGACAAGUUUUGUAGAUAUUGUUGGGCGUUCUAAUCGUGUUGAUGAUGAACAAGAUCAAAGUAGUCCUGAAGAUAGAAGGUUCCUUGACAUGUGUUCUAAAUUAUCCUCACUAACAGUUAGCGGAGAUGUACAGUCAGGAGAAUCGUACUCUGCCUCUUCCCUGUUCGAAGUGUCUGCAUCUGGUUGCCAUGGGAAUGGUUUGUAUACAAAUAGUUCGGACAAACCACUGCAGAAUGGUGCUUUAGUAUCCAACAGGCAGGGAUCGAAGGAUACCUGUGGCUCAAGUCAUACCUUUUCCCUUCGUCCUUCCUAUCCCGAAUAUCUUGCAGAACAUUCAGAUCGUCAAGCAUUGACAUCAUUGCUACCUGAGAAGACACAGUCUGUGAAUGAUUUUACCGUUGAUCAGAACAGUGUAAAUAAUCAUGAGGACGAGGCUUCUCUACCUUUCAGAAAUGUAAAUUCCAUAUUAAAUGAUUCUUUCCAGGAAAGAAGGUUUCAGAAUUCUGCUAAGUCUGAUAGAGUCUAUAGAAGUUCUCGGUCAUUUUCGAAUGAAGAAAUAGUUGAGCACUUGCGAAGAAUAGACGAUGAUGACACAUCAACCAACAACGUGAAAAAUCCUGCUUUAGAUGCUGUGGAAAGUAGUAUAAUUUCUAAUAUAAUGUCACUUGACUUUGAUUCAUGUGAAGAUUCCAUGACAGUGCCUAAUCGUGUAUCCGAGUUGGUUGAUGAAACCUAUGGCUAUGGCUAUGGUGGUUCUUCCUGGAGUUCCAAAAAUACUGACCAGGCUGGUUAUUCUUAUGCUAAACAAGAGGGCUUUCAAACUCAAAAGGCCGGGUCUAUCCUUCCUGAUUAUAGUGAUAAAAAGGAGCUGUAUCUACACAAGUCUCAGUAUCCAGUAAACAGGGCCCAAUGUUUAGCGCCACCUGGAUUCUCGGUGCCCUCUAGGGAUCCACCCCCCGGGUUUUCUAAUACUGACCGAGGUCUCUCUUUACCCCGUGGCUCGUCAGGUGUUCCUUUGACAAACACUUCGUCUAUGUCCACCAGGCUUAACGCCAGUUCAAACUACCGUGACUCCGAUUUAUUCGAUCCUACAAUUUUAAGUUUCGCCAAUGGUAAACAAACAAAUGGUUUUAGUAACCCGGGGGGCUAUGGAGCUUGGCCAUUGGGAGGAAAUCCGAGGUUGAGCUCGUUCGAGGAGAAUGAAUCAAGACUUUGGCUCAUGAUGCAGCAGAAAUCAUCCAACCAGGACUCGAAUUUCUUGCAAAUGUUCCCUUCCCAAACCCCAUCUAUAACUCCUGAAAGUUACACAGGGCACCUGAGGAAUAACCGGCUGCCCGGGUUUGAUGAUAUAUACGGCGGUUUAUCUUCAAGAGCAGUGGAUCAACACCAAUCUUUCUUCACAGACAUGUCGAAUGGUGAGAGGUAUCCGAGUAUGGGUGAAGUGCAGCGACAUAAAGGGGAAGCAGCAGAGCUCGGAAGCAACGAGAGAUUAGGAGGCGGGAACACAUACUUGUCCAGGUAUAGCGAUGUAGUGUUGAAUAGGGGCGAUGUUUAUGCGCCCCGAGUGUUCGGGCUGUAGUGAGUUAGUUGGCUGUGGUGACUAAAAAACAGGUUGGGAGGCCUGAUCUAUGCUUCAAAUACACUCACCUUUUCCAAAAACUUUAAUGAUACAUAUAAUCUUUCUGUGCAGUCCUGUUCUGAGAAGCAAAUGAAAUGAAAAAAAAAAAAAAAAGAAAAAACAUUUUG